AUGGGGUCAGCCGGGGGUCCUAAAUGGAGGCCUGUUUCCUAUAUAGAGGAGUUAUUAACCCAGUCAGAUAUAGAGGAGUUAUUAACCCAGUCAGAUAUAGAGGAGUUAUUAACCCAGUCAGAUAUAGAGGAGUUAUUAACCCAGUCAGAUAUAGAGGAGUUAUUAACCCAGUCAGAUAUAGAGGAGUUAUUAACCCAGUCAGAUAUAGAGGAGUUAUUAACCCAGUCAGAUAUAGAGGAGUUAUUAACCCAGUCAGAUAUAGAGGAGUUAUUAACCCAGUCAGAUAUAGUGGAGUUAUUAACCCAGUCAGAUAUAGAGGAGUUAUUAACCCAGUCAGAUAUAGAGGAGUUAUUAACCCAGUCAGAUAUAGAGGAGUUAUUAACCCAGUCAGAUAUAGAGGAGUUAUUAACCCAGUCAGAUAUAGAGGAGUUAUUAACCCAGUCAGAUAUAGAGGAGUUAUUAACCCAGUCAGAUAUAGAGGAGUUAUUAACCCAGUCAGAUAUAGAGGAGUUAUUAACCCAGUCAGAUAUAGAGGAGUUAUUAACCCAGUCAGGUAUAGAGGAGUUAUUAACCCAGUCAGAUAUAGAGGAGUUAUUAACCCAGUCAGAUAUAGAGGAGUUAUUAACCCAGUCAGAUAUAGAGGAGUUAUUAACCCAGUCAGAUAUAGAGGAGUUAUUAACCCAGUCAGAUAUAGAGGAGUUAUUAACCCAGUCAGAUAUAGAGGAGUUAUUAACCCAGUCAGAUAUAGAGGGGUUAUUAACCCAGUCAGAUAUAGAGGAGUUAUUAACCCAGUCAGAUAUAGAGGAGUUAUUAACCCAGUCAGAUAUAGAGGAGUUAUUAACCCAGUCAGAUAUAGUGGAGUUAUUAACCCAGUCAGAUAUAGAGGAGUUAUUAACCCAGUCAGAUAUAGAGGGGUUAUUAACCCAGUCAUAUAGAGGAGGGUACUGGGUGCAGCUCACCAGCUGGUGAAGGCUGGGUGUACUGGGUGCAGCUCACCAGCUGGUGAAGGCUGGGUGUACUGGGUGCGGCUCACCAGCUGAUGAAGGCUGGGUGUACUGGGUGCGGCUCACCAGCUGAUGAAGGCUGGGUGUACUGGGUGCGGCUCACCAGCUGAUGAAGGCUGGGUGUACUGGGUGCGGCUCACCAGCUGGUGAAGGCUGGGUGUACUGGGUGCGGCUCACCAGCUGAUGAAGGCUGGGUGUACUGGGUGCGGCUCACCAGCUGAUGAAGGCUGGGUGUACUGGGUGCGGCUCACCAGCUGAUGAAGGCUGGGUGUACUGGGUGCGGCUCACCAGCUGAUGAAGGCUGGGUGUACUGGGUGCGGCUCACCAGCUGAUGAAGGCUGGGUGUACUGGGUGCGGCUCACCAGCUGAUGAAGGCUGGGUGUACUGGGUGCGGCUCACCAGCUGAUGAAGGCUGGGUGUACUGGGUGCGGCUCACCAGCUGGUGAAGGCUGGGUGUACUGGGUGCGGCUCACCAGCUGGUGAAGGCUGUGUGUACUGGGUGCGGCUCACCAGCUGAUGAAGGCUGGGUGUACUGGGUGCGGCUCACCAGCUGAUGAAGGCUGGGUGUACUGGGUGCAGUUAAUUCCCGCCAUUUGCUAAUCGAAGCCCCCUCCCCAGCUGAUUAUCAACUGUUGUCAGAUACACGUGGGUCUCUUCCUCAAUAAAGUGCAGCGAAUUCUAUUAGAUGAAAUGAGUAUGAGAUCCUGGCAUUUAAAGUAUUCCACAUUUUGUUAAAUUUCAGACUAUAUGAAAAAAAAAAACGUUUGAAAAAAAAUGCCUUCUGUUUCGGACACAAGUACAGGUUUUGGGACAUGGCCACUCAAUGGGUUAGUGGUUAGAGCGUUGGGCCAGUAACCGAAAGGUUGCUCGAUCGAAUCCCCGAGCUGACAAGGUACAAAUCUGUCGUUCUUCCUCCUGAAAGAGGCAUUGUAAAUAAGAAUUUGUUCUUUAACUGACUUGCCUAGUUAAAUAAAGGUUUCAUUUUUUUUUUUUU